GACGAGAUACACAUUUUGGCACAACACCGGAUAUGAAGUCAGGGCUAACGGUUACAGCUGAAACGGCUUUUUCAUAUGUGUAACAAUUAGUUGUAACAAAUUAAAGAGCAGGUGUCGUUUAUUUUUUGUUGUAAUUCUAAUAAAUUAUCGGUUUAGUUUAUUUAGUAAAGAAUGCUGUGUAAGCUAGCACCCCCGUUUAAGAGAAAGAACAUGAAAGUCUCCCAAAAGUCAAAAGUCUCAGUUUAAUCCAGCUGUUGGAUGCUGUAAAACACGGUGUAAGAAGCUACCCACCUGCGAUGAGAGAAGCCCUCGCGUUGCCUCUGGAAACCUGGCUGAUAAAGUUGGAGCCCAUCGGACUGCCAGUGGCUAGCAUUGAAAGAAGAUUUAGGACAAAUAAAGGAGCAGAGCAGCUGGAGCUGACCUCCACAUGGGAGUUUAAUCCUUCCAGAACUUCCAUAAACAACAUUCCAAACUAUCCAUCGUAGGAUCUCACAGAGAAACAUCUGGAUUAAAGGACUCCCUGUCGUCUCUCCAUAACCAACUCUGACCUCUUGUGACCUGAUUUCGCCUGGACCCACUUUAUCCAACUCAAAGCCAAACAUUACUCUGGAGAGCCUUCACUCCCCUCAUUCUAGGGGGAACGACCGAGUCAAUGGCGCUGUGCCUCGGUCAAGUGUUCAGUAAAGCCAGAACGUUCAGGCCGAAGAAGCGGUUUGAGCCCGGCACACAGCGCUUUGAACUCUACAAGAAGGCUCAGGCCUCGCUCAAGUCGGGUUUGGACCUGAGGAAAGUGGUUCAGCUGCCAGAGGGCGAGAACCUCAACGACUGGAUUGCAGUUCAUGUGGUGGAUUUCUUCAACAGGAUCAACUUGAUUUAUGGCACAGUUAGUGAGUACUGCACCGAACGCACAUGCCCCAUUAUGUCUGGAGGACUGAGGUACGAGUACAGAUGGCAGGAUGGAGAGGACUACAAGAAGCCCACCAAGCUCCCCGCUCUCAAGUACAUGACUCUGCUGAUGGACUGGAUCGAGUCGCUCAUUAAUGACGAGGACAUCUUCCCCACCAGAAUAGGCGUACCUUUCCCCAAGAACUUCCAGCAGGUGGUCAAGAAAAUCCUGAGUCGCCUCUUCAGGGUUUUCGUGCACGUUUACAUCCAUCACUUUGACAGCGUCUGCAGCAUGGGUGCAGAGGCCCACAUCAAUACCUGCUACAAACACUACUACUACUUCAUCACAGAGUUCAGUCUCAUUGAUAACUCUGAACUUGAGCCCCUGAGAGAGAUGACAGAGAGGAUUUGCACUUGAAGAAAGCCACGUGGACAGAAGGAGUUGACACUGGCGUAAUCUGAGCCCUUUGAGGAAAAAAAGCAGCUCCAAAACAUUCCAGACAAAGAUCAGUUUUCUAUGUAGGGGAGUUUUGUGAUGUAUGAUGGACAAAAUCCAUACGUGUACCACUUUUCUUCAGAUAGCAAUGCUGUGUGUUCACAGCUCAUGAUGGUGCUGUGAAUGUUUGUUUAUGCCACAAAGCUACAUGUCCUGUGCUCUUUUCUUGCCAUUGGGAGUGUUUGAUCUGUACAUAUGUGACUGCAGUCACUGCCAGUAUUUUAAUCAACUAAUCUAUAAAAAAUGUGCACUUUUGGCAAACUUAACGAUGUCUCGUCUAAGCUCUGUUUGUUUCUGUUUUUAUAAAUUCUCUGCACCACAGACGCUAAAGGAUAAUAAAUGUCAUUAUUCUGCACCAGCUGCUUUAACAGCACAACAUUUUGAAAUCAGAGGCUUGACCUGAAUUGUAUUUCCUGUCAAAAAAAUGAAAGAAAUAAUAAUAAAAAUAAUAAUAAUACAUGGAACUUAUAUAGCGUUUUUAAGGACACUUAAAGAUGCUUUCAUGCACUCACAUUCACACACUGCCAGUGAUGGUAAGCUACUUUGUAGCCACAGCCGCCCUGGGGCGGUCUGACAGAGGUGAGGCUGCCAUUUGGCACCGUUGGCCCCUCUGACCACCAUCAACACAGGCAAGUUGGGUGAAGUCUUGCCCAAGGACACAACAGGAGAAUACCCCUGGCGGGAGCUGGGAUCAGGCCUGUGACCCUCCGAUCAUGAGGCAACCCUCUUUACCUCCUGAGCUACUGCUAUCCCCUAAAUGUAGCUUUCAUUACAUUGUUCAUGAUUGAUGUUCAUGAUCAGCAAUGCAAAUAUCUCAAACUUUAUUUGUGUUUUCACAGAUGACACAUCUCUGCGCCAGAAGUCCACCGAUUUCUCCUUUCUACUUAGAAAAGAUAAUGUGGAUAUUUGAAAUAGCAGAGAUUCAUAUUUCUAAUGUUUUUAAUUCAAUUUUUUAGUAUUUUUUUAUUUUAAAAUCAAAAUGAAAAAUAAUUCAACAUAAUCCAUCACAGCACUGGAUAAACCAAAAAAAUAAAAAUCUAAAUCAAAAUGCGUACACAUGUUAUUGAGGGAAUCCAGUGUGUUAUUGGCUGUACUUUAACACAAGGUAAAACCAUUUUCAGACUAUAUACAAUUACUGUCUAGUAACUAUAAAUUCGUUUAUAGAAAAUAUUUUGGAUUAUUUUUAAGAACUCAAUGUGAAUUUUUGUUUAAACCACAUUAACUGAAAACUUUCACAAAUAAAAUCUAAAUUUCAUGUUUAUUUUUUUAUGGGCAAUACUUAUGUUUCUGCAAUGAUCUGCAAAUUUGGAAAAUUUUCUGGAAAUUUGAAAUGUUAAUUUUGACAGCAGAGAAUGUCAUCUUGAAAGUCAGGAAUAGCUAUCAAGUCAAUCUAUUAAUUCUUAAGACGGUUAGCUUAUUGUUUUAAACAUUUUUCGAUAUAUUGAUCUUAUUUCACACUCUCAACCUUGAAAUAUUAUUAGACAUUUUGUUUAAUAUUAUGAUUAUCAUUAAAUAUCCUUAUUUAAAUUCUGAUGAAUGUACCUUUGACAAGACCGUUUAUGUUGUGCAAUAAGUAAUGAUGAAUAGCAGUUGUAAAAUUAUACGUCACAAUUGUCUGCCAUUGAUUCUAUUCCUAAUGUUGACUUUUACCAAUAAAAAUAUUACAGAAGUCCUGAAUUACGUAGCAAUAACAAGAGACAAAGAGAAGAACAAAAAAUCAAGAUGAAUCCAAUAAAAGGCAAAAAGGUGCUGCAUAGUUUUUCUUUUAAAAAGCCUUAUUUCGUGAAUGUUUUUAUGCAAAGUUCCAAGUCCUUAACAAAUAAAGGAAAAAAAUUGUUUCUUGUUAGAAAAUUUGCACUUAUGGAUGUAACAUUUUGUUAGAGGUAACAUUCAAUUACUUAAAAACGUGUCAUUGCCAUGCAGUUAGUUAAACAUGCUAAUCUUAAGGAGAGAAAUGGCAGAAUGUUGCUUGAAACAAAGAUGGGGGUGUAUAGUUAAUAUGUGGAGAUGAGUGUGCCAGAUGAGAGCCAGUCUCUCUAUAGUUGUCUACUAAAAGACCAGGGUAUAUCAAAAUUACUUUAAUAUCCUUGGAGAAAGUUUUUUUUCCUGGAUAAAAUCUCUGAGUUAACUGUAAUUAAUCAUCCUAAUUUAAUUGUUUAAAAAAAACUUGUGGCAAAGACCAGGGGUCUCAUUUAUAAAACAUUGCGUAGAAUCCUUACUAAAACCGUACGUAAGCUCAGCAAAACAAUGUACUUACAGCAAGAAAGUUUGUGACCUAUAAAACUGUGUGCGCACUAAGCAGUACAAGUGAUAAUGCUGCUGGAAUUCAUAAUUUGAUCCUUCUCUGCAGCAGCACUGCAGGUGCUCUCCAUGUCCAACAUGUGCAUUAACCAAGUCCUUAGUCAACUUAAAGUUAUGCACAGUUCUCUGCUACGUUUUCUUUUAUAAAUCCCAAAGUUUGCGUGGAAAGAUGCUCACGCAGUUUUCCGACUCCGUUUUGUGCGUAAGCAAGCUUUAUAAAUGAGACACCAGACAUUUUCUCAGUCAUGCAAAAGUUGCUCCAAUAACAUGCAGGAAGAGAAAUCCCAUUGUCCUGGUGCAUGGACCUGAUUUUAGCAUUGCUCCCUGUGAUGGAGGACAAACCCCAAAGAGCUGAUUUGUUAAAUAGUCUCUGUUGUUAUAGCUCCAUCUAGAGUUCUACAGCUCCCCAAGGCACUUUACAAAUUACCAAUCCAUGGUGAUGACAUUGUAGCCCUGGUUGCCCUUUUGGCACACUGAGGCAAAGCUGCACUGGACCCUCCAACAUCCACCAACAGGCAAAGCAGGUUAAGUGUCUUGCCCAAGGACAACACACUGAUGUUUGGAGAGUCCUCUACCCUACCUCCCCACCUAGUGGACACUUAUGUUGUGUAAUGUCUGAAGUCUGUUGCAUUUCUGUCUGAGGAGUUUUUUGCAUAGCAAAGCUGUCCUCCCUGUGGAGGGUAACUCUGAAGUGCCUUUUUUCCUCCACCUGACUCAAUCCUUAUAUAAACCCCUCUGAUCUCUAUUAAGGUAGCGCGACUCGGGUUGCGAAUGACCACAGUCACCAAUUCUUGUCAUGUGUCUAUGCCGAUGUAUGUAUGUCUGAUCUCAGAAUUGUGUGUACUGAAACUCUAAUUUCCCUCUGGGAUUAAUAAAGUAUCUUUGAAUUGAA